AUGAAUUUUCAAGAUCCAAACCCUUCCAUAUCGCGCACCAUCGUUCCAGUUUCUAACGAGUUACAAAAUUACGACAGCAACACUCUGGCGGGAAAAGCUUCAAAAUCUAAGCAGAAGCUUAGAGGGCAGAAAAAGGAGCUUGUUCACACUGAGAUGGAUGCGGAUCACAGUCCGUAUCGUGAGAUGGUCCGGAGAACAAGAAUUUUGUUUGAUUCGAUUCGUGUGUCAGGUUUGCUAGAAGAAGAGAAUAAUCGUAAGAACAAAAAGAAUUUGAAAGCUUCUUCUUUGAUAAACCAGACAGAAGAAGUGAAUAAUAGUAGGGUCCGAAAUGACUUGAUUGCUUCUACUCUGAUGAACGAUCAUGGUAUGUAUUUGUUUCCUGAUGUGAAAAUUAUUGGUACAGUUCCUGGUGUUUCUAUUGGUGAUAUUUUUCUCUAUAGAAGCGAAAUGUGUGUGAUUGGCUUACACGGUCAACCACAAGCUGGGAUUGAUUAUUUACAUGCUAGUAUGAGUUCUAAUGGCCAACCCAUUGCUACUAGUGUGGUUGUGUCUGAUGGAUAUAAUGAUGAUGAUCAAGGAGACUCUAUUAUCUACUCUGGCCAUGGUGAUAUGAAGCAGGAUCAGAAGUUGGAACGAGGCAACCUUGCUAUGGUGAGAAGUAUGCAAUAUGAGAUUGAUGUCAGGGUUAUUCGAGGUUUUCGGUAUGAAGGUGGUACUUCUACUACUAGUAGUAAGGUUUUUGUUUAUGAUGGCUUGUAUAAGAUAAUUGAAUAUUGGUUUGAAAAAGGUAUAUCUGGGUUUGGUGUUUAUAAGUUUAUGUUAUCAAGGGUUCAAGGCCAACCUAAGAUGGGUAGUAUGAUCCUUAAGGAAGCCAGUAUGCUUAUGAGAGGCCAUUUAUGUGAUAAUCAUAUGUAUGUCCUUUCUGAUGAUAUUUCCAAUGGGAAGGAGAAUAUUGGUGUGAGGCUAUAUAAUGACAUUGAUAGUGAUCUCUAUCCUAUGCAGUUUGAGUAUCUCCCGAAGGCGGCAUUUCCAAUGUUCUUGCUUCCUCAUAGUAUGACGACAAGGAAAAAGAUGAGGGUGAUAGAGUGUUCUGAAUGCGUUGAUGGAUGUGUUUCUUCAAUCAUGAAUGGCAACACUACCCCUUAUAGUAAAAGUGGGAUUCUUUUGAAAGGGAGGUCAUUGAUUUAUGAAUGUGGUCCUUUUUGUAGCUGUCCAUCGCAUUGCAGAAACCGUGUGACACAAAAAGGUAUUAAAUACAGGUUGGAAGUGUUUAGAUCUAAUGAAACUAGUUGGGGAGUUAGGUCUUUGGACCCUAUUCUAGCUGGAACUUUUAUAUGUGAGUUCACCGGACUUGUUUUGACUAGGGAGCAAGCGGAAAUUUUGACCAUGGAUGGUGAACAUAACUCUUUUAUUAUAUAUCCAAAUCGAUUUUUGAAUAGGUCUACUCAAGAAUGGGGAGAUUUGUCGAUGAUUGAUGCUAAUCAUGUGCAUCCAGCAUAUCCUACUUUAGAUUUUGCAUUGGAUGUAUCAAUGAUGAGGAAUGUUGCCAGCUAUAUUAGUCAUAGCCCAACUCCAAAUGUGUUUGUUCAAUUAGUUCUCUUUGAUCAUGGUAAUUGGAUGUUUCCCCAUCUUAUGGUAUUUGCAAUGGAAAACAUCCCUCCAAUGAGAGAGCUUAGUCUUGAUCAUGGGGUAGAAGCUGGGUAG